AUAUUUUGUUGCUUGUUUCUUUCCAGAAUGCAAGUAAAGUGGUGUCUAUUCAGGCUCUGAACUUGGAAAGACAAACAACUAUGGGGGACUUCUGCAGACGCAAAAACAGAAUCGACGAAUCCGUAAAUAUUAAAAAGCUUGACAACAUCAUAGUUGAUGAAAAGUUGAAAAUAUUAUUUUGUUACAUUCCAAACGUUCCCUGCACUCAGUGGAAGACAGUACUGAUGCAAUUGAAUCCACCAGAACAUAAAUACCAUGUUCACAACGCAAAAAACUUUAAAUUCUUGCAUGUUUACCCCAAGGAUGAAGUUGAAAGAAUGCUGAGAACUUACUUUAAAUUUGUAUUUGUUCGAGAGCCUUUUGAGCGGCUUCUCUCAGCCUAUCUUGACAAAUUCCACACCGGGGAUUCCGCUUUUCACAGCAUUUAUGGAAGGAGCAUUAUUAAGCGAUACAGACCCGGAGGUAACCCUGACCACAAAAACGUAACAUUUGACGAGUUCCUAAACUUCGUUAUAAACAUUGGAAAUGGGCACUGGAACGAACACUGGCAAACAUACGACAAACUUUGCCAUCCUUGUGGAAUUCGGUAUGACUUCAUUGGAAGAUUCGAAAACCUUGAAGAAGAAGCAAACUUUGUUUUCUCUGGUAUAAGGAGAGAGUCAUGUGUUUCAUUUCCACAAGUCAAGCCGUCAACCACACAAUCUAAGCUGUCAUUUUACUACUCACAGAUCCCUAGAGAACGGUUGGAUAGAGUUCUUCAGAUAUUUAGCGGUGACUCCGAAGUGUUUGGAUAUGACCUUCCGAAAUCCGUUCGUGGUAGCUAAUCUAUCGAAGAUUAUAAAGGCUUAAAAGUGAAAAAGGUUCUGCAAAUUGCCGAAAUGACGUGUCGAGAAAAAUGGCAAUUUUACAACAUUAAUAACAAUAUUUAAACAAGGUGACAAAGUCAGCUUGGUGCUUUUCAAGGGAACCCUGUAUAAAAUAAAAAUAAAAUGUAAGAGAAUAUAAUAAAACUACAGGGUAUAAAGCUAAAAAUUAGUCAUAAAAUAUACUCACCUAUAACUAGAUAAAAACUGCAACUGUGAGAUCGCAAAAUUCGUAAACUUUCGUUCAAUAGGGUAUUCUCUAGUCACAGAGCAGCUCAUAGAACGGCUGAUAGACCUUUUUCGCUUGGGCGGUUUGUUUUCCCAUUACAGACCACGUGAUAUUCUAUAGAGAAUUGUUCUACUAUCCAUCUAAAAAAUAUUUAUUCAUAUGCACACGACCAUUCGAAAAUCUGAAAGGAAGAACUCUCAAGAGUAUUAUCAUAUGGUCAGAAAUGGAGCAGCAAACCGCCCAGUCGGAAAAGGUCUGUUAGCGCAGUGAUCUUUGGCCUUGUAGGAAAUAAAAUAUUCUUUUAAAGCCUGGUUUUCAUAUGUCGGGAAAAUUCCAGACGGUCUGAUAUUUUACUGUUUCCCGACCGUCCCAAAUUUUGCCGACUAAUGAAAACUCGAAAUCGUAGAUAUUCCCGAUCGUCUGGGAUGAACGGGAACAAUUCUGGAGAAUCGGGAGCGUUUCUAUUUUCCCGACGCGUCCCAGAUUUCUGCGAUGGUCGGCAUCAUUCCCGACAUAUGAAAACUCAAAUUUGAACCGUUUGAGACGUCGGCGUCCGUCGGCGAUGGAUUUCGUUCAUUACCAAUCCCCUAAAUUGCUGGGCUCCAGUCCCCCUAUCACAAAUAAACAUGGCGUCUCUCGAAAACACGAGUGAUGGCUAUCUAAAUCUGGGACAGACCUCUGGCGAAUAUCCGAUAUAUCGGCAAAAUCUGGGAUGGUCGGCAAAAAGUAAAAUCCCCGAUCGUCUGGGAUUUUCCCGACAUGUGAAAACCAGGCUUAAUCCUGCUUGGAGUGGUACAUGUUUCAAAAGCAUGUUUCAAAACCUAAAUAAUAAAAAAUAUUCAUAGAUCGUGUCAAAUGUGCAUAUGUUUUCUCAAUAUCCCGAGAAUGCCGUUGCCAUUAUCCCUUCCCCUCCACAUCCCCCAUCCCUUGUCCCACAUACCCACCUCCCUCCUCCCUCUUCUCCCUCGCACAAUCUCCCUCUCCCCCCGGCUGACCCUAUUCUCUGUAACAGACACAAUAUAACAAAAAAAAACUUUCGCACACUACUGCGGUAUGAAAUGUGAAACCUUUUCUGCAUGUCAACGAAAGUCACAGUACCAUUAGUGUUUUAUAAAAAAAGGUUUUGCCCCGUUACUUUCUCCUGGCAUUUUACAUAACAUUGAUAAUGUCUUAAAGGAAUCGUUUUGAGGUUUGGCGCAUGUACAAGCUAAGAGGCUAGCCUUUCUCGCUUUUUUCUAGAACCUUAUCAGUCGCAGACUAUGCUGCCAAAAUCUGUUGGAGGAUAAAAAUGAAUUUAUACUGAAAACGUCCAGUUUAGGCCUCGUCUAC